AAGGCCGAGCAGGUGAAGGGCCCACGCGAGCUCGGCCGAGCCCCAGACCACCUCAGGUACUUCACAAUGGAGGACCGUACCAGCAAGCCCAUGGACGCCAUUCGCAAGGGCUAUUUCAAAGAGAGCUCUAGACCAGAGAAACGGGAAAUCAAAUGCCCCACCCCUGGAUGUGAUGGGACAGGUCAUGUGACAGGGUUGUACCCACACCACCGCAGUCUGUCUGGCUGCCCGCACAAGGACAGGAUCCCUCCAGAGAUCCUGGCCAUGCACGAGAAUGUGCUGAAGUGCCCGACCCCCGGCUGCACAGGACAGGGUCAUGUCAACAGCAACCGUAACACCCACAGAAGUUUAUCAGGGUGCCCCAUCGCAGCAGCAGAGAAGCUGUCCAAAACUCACGACAAGCAACAGCUCCCUCAGCCUAUAAGUGAACACCCCAAAGGGAGCCCUAACUCUGAUAGAGUACUCAGGCCCAUGUGUUUUGUGAAGCAGCUGGAGAUCCCUCAGUACGGUAGCUACAGACCCAACGUGCUCCCCACCACACCCCGCGCCAACCUGGCUAAGGAGCUGGAAAAGUACUCCAAGGUCUCCUUUGAUUAUGCAAGCUUCGACGUUCAGGUCUUUGGAAAACGCAUGCUUGCGCCAAAGAUACACACCAGUGAAACCUCACCAAAAGCCUUUAAACCAGCCAAACCAUUCCCCAAGGCCUCGUCCCCCAACUGCAGCAUGCCAGGGGGCUACGCCAAGAACGCCUCCUCCUCCUCCUCCUCCUCCAGCGGAUAUGACUACUCCCACGACGCUGAGGCCGCCCACAUGGCCGCCACCGCCAUUCUCAACCUCUCCACCCGCUGCUGGGAGAGGCCGGAGAACCUGAGCACCAAACAGCAGGACCUGGCCAGCAAGAGCAUGGACAUCGAAGUAGACGAGAACGGCACGCUGGACCUCAGCAUGAAGAAACCCGUCAAGCGAGAAGGCAGUCUGUCCGGCGUCAGUCCUGGCGUGCGUUCGCCCGACCCUUCCUCCUCCUCUUCCUCCCAGCACCCGGGCAGCAGUGACAUGACCUCACCCCAUCCCAGCCACGCCUACAAACAGGAGGAGUGGGAGGGGCCUCUGGACUACACCAAACCCAACCGCCAGCGGGAGGAAGACCUGGAGGAGAUGGAGCAGACCACGCAAUCAUUUGCCUCAUCUGAUGCUGAGGACUGUGAGAUGAUGCAGGACUGCCUGGAAGACAGGAAGUACCCUGGAGAGGUCACGACCCCCAGCUUCAAAGUCAAAUUCCAGACAAAGGACUGCAAGAAAGAGCUACUGCUGUGCCCUACUCCUGGCUGUGACGGAAGUGGCCACAUCACUGGAAACUAUGCAUCCCAUCGCAGUUUGUCUGGGUGUCCUCUUGCUGAUAAGAGCCUGCGGUCCCUCAUGGCAGCCCACUCUGCUGAGCUCAAGUGCCCCACUCCAGGAUGUGAUGGGUCUGGUCAUAUCACUGGAAACUACGCCUCCCACAGAAGUUUGUCUGGGUGCCCGCGUGCCAAGAAAGGUGGAAUAAAAACAACUCCCACCAAGGACGACAAGGAGGACUCCGAGCUCCUAAAAUGCCCAGUUCCAGGGUGCGACAGUCUGGGUCACAUCAGUGGGAAGUAUGCCACCCACCGCAGUGCCUACGGGUGCCCACUGGCUGCCCGCAGACAGAAAGAGGGGCUUCUCAAUGGCUCUCCGUUCUCCUGGAAGUCCUUCAAGACCGAGGGCCCCACCUGCCCCACCCCUGGCUGUGACGGCUCAGGCCAUGCAAAUGGCAGUUUCCUCACACACAGGAGUCUCUCCGGCUGCCCCAGAGCUUCCUUCGCCAAGAAGAAGGCCAAGCUUCCUGGGGAUGAAUAUCUCAGCACCAAAUUCCGGGCCAGUGAUGUUCUUGACAAUGAUGAAGACAUCAAGCAACUGAAUAAGGAGAUCAGUGAACUGAAUGAGUCCAACUCUGAGAUGGAGGCUGACAUGGUCAACCUUCAGACACAGAUCUCAUCCAUGGAGAAGAACUUGAAGAACAUUGAGGAGGAGAACAAAAUCAUUGAAGAGCAGAACGAGGCCCUGUUCAUGGAGCUGUCGGGUCUAAGCCAGGCCCUGAUCCACAGCCUGGCCAACAUCCGCCUUCCGCACAUGGAGCCAAUAACUGAGCAGAAUUUCGACGCCUACGUGAAUAUCCUGACUGACAUGUACUCCAAUAAGGAAUGCUACCAGAACCCAGAGAACAAAGCCCUGCUAGAAACCAUUAACCAAGCAGUAAAAGGCAUCAAGGUCUGAAAAGAAAAUCUGAGGAAUUUAAGGAAAAAUACAUAUUGUUAUAUGUAAAUAAUCAAACAAUACAAAAAAGGGCAUUCAGGUUUUUCAGCUGCAAUGAACGUCUUUCCAGGGAGCAUUCCAUAACAAAAAUUAUAAAAUGAAUAAUUUAAUAAAUAAAUAAAAAUAACAGGACCAAAUCCAACCAUGCUGCUGCCACUGGGAUUGU